AUGUUUAAUUUUAAUUUCUCGGCUAAAAUUAAAGAAGCUGAAGAACAUAUAAAACAAGGUGACAAAUAUAUGAAAACAUCAUUUACGAAAUGGAAACCAGAUUUAGAUUCAGCUAUUGAUGAAUAUGAUAAAGCAUGUACAUGUUAUCGUGUAGCAGAAAAAUAUGAACAAUGUCGUGAUUUAUCAAUAAAAUUAGCUGAUUUGCAAAUUCAAAAAGGUACUCCUUUUUUUGCUGCUAAAUCAUAUGAACAAGUAGCUCAAAUGACACAAGAAUUAAAAGAUUUAACAACAGCUGCUAAAUAUUUUGAUCGAGCUGGACAAUUAUAUACUGAAGCAGGUUAUCGUGAUUCUGCUGCAAUACUUUAUGAACGUUGUGCACCACAAUUUCAACAAUUAGAUCGUGCUAUAUCUAUUGAUUUUUAUCUAAAAGGUGCACGUUUAGCUGAACAAGAAGAUAAAACAUCUCAAGCUGCUGAUUUAUAUGAAAAAGCUGCUAUGCAAGCAAUUCGUGCUGGUAAUUUUCAACAAACAACUGAAUUACUUGAAACAGUCACAAAUUGUUUAACAAACAUGGAACGAUUCGAUCGACUUAAUCGAGUUAUACUCUAUAGAAUAUUAUUAAAAUUAUUUAAUGAAGAUAGUGUUGCCGGUAGAAAUAUUUUUAAUCAAGCUUGUCAAAAUUAUCCAUCAUUUGAUCAAUGGGAAGAACGAGAUCAUAUUGAAUUAUUAAUUGAUGCAUUCGAUCAAGAUGAUAAAGAUUUAAUUAGUCAACGUUGUCAAAAACCUUAUUUUAUGGCAAUUGAACCAGAGUUUGUACGAUUAAUUAAACGAUGGAUUCGUCCAACAACUACGACAGCAAAUAAUGUGAAUCAACAAACAACAAGCAAUUCCACUGUUCCAUCGACUGGCGGAACGAAACCAAUACAAUUAGAUGAUGACGAAGAUGAUUUACCUGCUGCACUGCGAUUUCCCUUCCUCGAUCGAUGUGUAUCUUCAGCUGGUUGUUCAUUUGUCACUUCCAUUACUUCAGGUGCUGCCUCAUGUAAUAUUUCAGGUACCCCACCUCUACCAGCCUCUAGUGAAAUCACUUCACCAGUUACUGGUGUAGGAUCAAGCCGAAUUCAUUCAGCUGAUCCCUACCCAUGA